CAUUUUUGCCUAGCACAUAAUAAGUAUUAUUACUUAUUUUUUAUUAAGCUAUGAAACAAAUACAUGUUUUUAGAAAGGCAAGACAGAGCACAAACAGGAUUAAUUAAAGAGAAGCCAAAGAAGACAAAGAGAAUUCCACCAGAUUCUGGUGCAAAAGAUUCAGUAACUAUUUUUUAAAGAAAUGAAGGCUGGGAAUGUCUGUUGGUACAACCACUUUAGAAAACCUAUGGCAGUGUAUACAUAAGGAGAGCAUUCUCAUACACUACAACUCGGCAAGUCCACUCCUAAGUAUACAUCCAAGAGAAAAGUGUCUGUGAAUCCAAACAAAAGAUGUUUGAUAGAAUGUUCAUGACAGAGUAGUCAUGAUAUAGUCAACUGCACAAAUGUCCAUUGACAGAAAAUGAAUAAAUAAGUGUGUCAGUGAAAACGGAUGAUACACAACUACACAUAGCACAAUGGAUGACUCUCACAAACAUAGUAAUGAGUGAAAGAAGCAGGACACCAACAUUCCAGGCAAAAUGAUCCUAUGCUGUCACAAGCCAGAAUAAUGGUUACCCUGGGACAGGGGAGAAGGGAGAAAAGAUGUAGAGAGGAGAGAGCAGGAGGAGCUUCAAGGGGUGUUGCUAACAUUUUAUUCUUCAUCUGGCGCUGGUUACAUGGGUGGGUUCGAUAGUGAAAAGUCAUUGAGGCAUACACCUAAGGUAUGUGCAUCUUUUCUGUGUUUGCAUCCUACUUCACUAAAACAACCAGAAGAGAACAAGAAUGAAGUAGGAUCAGAAAAUAGAGGAAGAAAUAGAAAGAAAAUGAAAGAAGGGGGAAGAAAAAUAAACAAACCCAGGAGGCUGAAAGGCAUGAAUCCUUCCCUGAGCCGAACCUGACCCGGUUGACUCACCCCUCUGCUCCAGGCGCCACCCCUGCCCUGCCCCUCCCUGGCAACCUACUCUCCUUUUGCUCAGGCUAAGGAUGGCAAGUGCCCCUUUUGGUGGGGGUUCUGAGCAUCGCUAAGACAGGAAGGGCUUUCCAAGUGGGUAACGCUGGUAGUGGAGUAACUCGAAGAAGCUGACGCUUUAUUAAAGAAACAGAAGACUUGAGAGCCAUCUCCUCUCUUCCUUCCCCUUCCCUUUUCCCCUUCCUCUUCCCCUUCCCCUUCUCCUCGACUCUGUCUCCCUCCCCGUCAUUAUCAGCCCCCAGGACAUGUGGCUUUGCCAGGGCCAGCUCUGUCCCCGCCUCCUGCCCUGCGAGGUCUUGGGGCGGGGGCCGUGGCCCGGCCCAGGCCGGAGCUCCCGGGGUGUCCCCGCCGCGUCCCCGCCCGGCUGACCCCGCCCUGCAGCCGUCGGCUAUUUUGGGCGCGUUGGCGGCGGCGGGAUCGCUGACAGUCGCGGAUCCUGUGACACCUCCGGGCAGCCCGGCACUUGUUGCUCCCGGGACCUGUUGUCAUCCCCUUAACCCGGCUUUCACCGUGGCCCCCUGCCUCCUCCCGGCUUCGCUCCUUUUCUUGUAAGCACCUGGGACACUGAUCUCUCAGACCCCGCUACCAGGGCUGGAGAAAUAGAUGGUUUUAUGAAAAAUUAAACACCGCCCUGAAGAAGGGCCCCGCUGGGCAGCGGCAGGAGCGCAGAGUGCUGGCCCAGGCGCUGCAGAGGUGGCGCCUCCCCGGCCCGGGACAGUGGCCCCGGGCGCCAACGGCAUGACAGACUCGGCGACAGCUAACGGGGACGACAGGGACCCCGAGAUCGAGCUCUUCGUGAAGGCUGGAAUCGAUGGGGAAAGCAUUGGCAACUGUCCAUUCUCUCAGCGCCUCUUCAUGAUCCUCUGGCUGAAAGGAGUCGUGUUCAAUGUCACCACUGUGGAUCUGAAAAGAAAGCCAGCCGACCUGCACAACCUAGCCCCUGGCACGCACCCGCCCUUCCUGACCUUCAAUGGGGACGUGAAGACAGAUGUCAAUAAGAUUGAGGAGUUCCUGGAGGAGACCUUGACCCCUGAAAAGUACCCCAAACUGGCUGCAAAACACCGGGAAUCCAACACAGCGGGCAUUGACAUCUUUUCCAAGUUCUCUGCCUACAUCAAAAACACCAAGCAGCAGAACAAUGCCGCCCUUGAGAGAGGCCUAACCAAGGCUCUAAAGAAAUUGGAUGACUACCUGAACACCCCUCUACCGGAGGAGAUUGACGCCAACACUUGUGGGGAAGACAAGGGGUCCCGGCGCAAGUUCCUGGAUGGGGAUGAGCUGACCCUGGCUGACUGCAAUCUGUUGCCCAAGCUCCAUGUGGUCAAGAUUGUGGCCAAGAAAUACCGCAACUAUGAUAUCCCGGCUGAGAUGACAGGCCUGUGGCGGUACCUCAAGAAUGCCUAUGCCCGUGAUGAGUUCACUAACACCUGUGCAGCUGACAGUGAGAUCGAGUUGGCCUACGCUGACGUCGCCAAACGCCUCAGCCGAUCCUGAGCACAGCCAUUUUGUCCCAUCCCCACCGCAGAAGGACGCCGCAGAACCACUCCCCUAAGACUCCAGCUUCAUAGACUCCUCUUUCUCACUGCCUUGAGGCACACUUUUUGUAAUCAAGCCUCAUCCUUGCUGGUAUUAUGGGAACUCCAGCUUGCUCUCCUUCACGAAGGUCAGCACCAUCCCUGGCCUCCUCACAUAGGAAUCUAGCAGAAAUGAUUGACACAGUCCACCUCUUGGCCUGUCAGCUUGAUCUGGGCUCAGCAUGUUUGGGGUCAGUCAGUGUUGGAGAGCCCACAUAUGGGAUUGCUACUGGCUUCUGCUGCCAAUAUCAAAAUACCUUCUCAGAUGCUUUAGAAACAUGCAACACCAGCUCCUUUUCUACCCUCCUCUCCGUCCAUACCUACAAGGCCAAGGACAAAUGCCAUCUUCAUCCUUCUUAGAAAGAGAUCUAUUACCCACAGAGAGAGUGAAUGGAGGAGGACCGAGCUGGCUGUGGACUUGGGUGUCUGGUAAACACAGCUUCAGUCUCACUACUUCUGACACUCCGGUUAUUGGGCACUAAGGGCCAGACUGGAAAGUCACUUGAGACACAGUCUCAGUUUGUUGCAGUGCCAGGAAUGCUGUGCUGCUGCUGCGCACCUGGCCCAUGCUGUCCCUGGCUUCUGUGCUGUCCAGGUCCUGCCAGAAAAGGAAAUUGGCAUGCAAUUCUAAACUGCAGUGACUGGGAUGGGAGGGGAGGGGAGCAGUGUUGAUGCCAAAAGGCCCACGGGGUCUACCAGCCAUGGGGUUUGCUUGCUUAGGAGUAGUUGUUUCAGUGGUGAUUACAGGCCUGGGUUUGACUGUGCUUACCAGUGAGUGGUUUUUGAGCUAUGAGAAAGUAGAUGGGAGUGGGAGGAGGAGGGAUGGGUGAAGACAAAAGAGUUCUUUAUGACUCUUGAUGUUCCCUGGUAAACUUUUAAAAAGGCCUUCUCUCAUGAUCUAAGUCUUGGACUGGUGGCAUCAUGUAACUGCUAACCGUACAGUAAAAACCCAAGAAUGGGCCAAAAACGUCUUCCCGGUUUCUCCAAGCUGCUUCUGGAAUGCAGGUCUGUUGGCUGGGUGCUCUCCAGCAGUUGCUCCUGCCUGAUUCGGCUGUAGCCUAUAAUGGGUAAGAGCCACAUUUAGGAGGUGGUCUGAUCAUGGAACACCUUAGGAAGAAAGUCCAUGAGCCUUUCUGACUAGAAAAUCAUGUGGUUUGAACUUGAAGAAAAAUAUAGACCCAUCUGGGUUAAUUUUCCUACAAUCAGACUUAACUGCCAGAUGAAAAAAAAGGAAAAAAUUUUAAGCUAAUAUUUCACUCUUCUGUCAUUCUCCUUGAGUUUCAUCUCCUAAAAAGCUUACCCAGCCUGAGCUUGGGGACCUGCACAGAGGAAACUAAGAAAAAUGCUCUCAUCAACUCCCUCUCCCAGUGAACGCCCAGUGAGAAAAUCCAUUUGCCACAGGCCCUUACCUUCAACAAUCCCCCUUCUAUGGUGUUCGCUGGGAAAGGGUGAGGCUCCCAAGUGCCGGAAAGCCCCUGGACUUGGCUCAUUUCUCAGCAAGGGCAGGACAGCACGGGUCCUUUCCAUAGAAACAUCAACAGAUUCUAACCCAAGCAAUCCCUGGACCUACCUGCCUCCAGGGAUCUCUGAGGAAAAAAGGUGACCCAUUGAUCAAAUCAGAGGAGAGGAAGCAGGAGGCCUCCUAGAGCCCACUGAGGAAGAGGAACUUUCUCAGUAGGACACUUUAUAAGCCUGAGAAAGCUUUGAAAAGACAGAAUGAGUUGAUUCAUUUCCACCUCUAAAGGAACCUUUCCAGGUCCCCCUGGAAACUGUGCCCUGGAGAUGUUUAACAAGGAGAACUGGUGAGGAAACAGUCCUUUUUUACUGUAGGGAAAAGCCCCAAACUAGCCUCCUGGGGAAUGAGGGCUGGAAUGAUCCCGAAGGCCUUUUAAUUAGUGUGAAAUCCUGCUGUACUCAGAAAUCCUUCCCCGAAUUUACAGCACAGGCAAGAUGACCUAAGAGGCAGUUUACUUCCCUGAGACCCACAGUUGGGCUGUUCUGGAAACACAUCUGUGAAUCAUAGCCAAUUGCCACAGAGAAAACAGAACCAAGCGUCCGGUGAGGCGACUCCACCCCAGAGAAGGCUGCAGAAUUCCAAGGACUCAGAUUGGAUGUUCAGAAUUCAGCAACUGGCAAGUCCUUAAGAACAAACAGGCCAAACCAAAUCAAUAUUGCUGUUUCUAGAUGUCCCUUCUUGUGGUUGAGUUAGUUUUACAGAGAUAAAUAUAUUAAGGCAAGGAGGUGGGGAUGUUAUAUGAUCAAUUAUAGCCAUUUAAAAAGAGAGGGAGGAGUUAUAGAAGGAAGGCACUUCUGGGUCCUUAAUUCAGAAAUAUCUUCAUAUUUCAGCACUGGUUUGUCAUAUAACGAAAGUGACUGUGGACUAAGAGUUAUGGUGUCUUAUGACUAGAUUUAUUAUGUUAUAUUAAAGUAACAAUACUAUUAACAUUACCUUCCUUUUUUUUUUUUUCAAAAGAGAUCUUUCUCCAAAUGCUUCAGCCUGUCUAGGCUUCUUAUCAUAUGUGCAGCACAUCAUGUCUCAGCAACAGUGUGGUGAGGUACUUAGGUGGCCCAAGAACAACUCAGGGAGCAUGGGAGGGUCUGCAUUUGGGACCCCACACUACACAGCUAUAGGGUAGGAGGCUUCCUUGUCAUUGGUCCUGAAUGAAUACGAAUCGCUCAGAAAGCAUUUUGGUGGCACAGAAAGGGGAUGUAUUUGUGUGGAGAUCUUAUUUUAUUUUGUAUUUAGUUAUCUCCUUUGACUUGCACAGCACUAUUGGGGGUGGGGGAAGCAGGUAGUGGGAGACGAAGAGAGAAGCAAGAGUUAGACUCAGAAUGACUGAGUUGAAUUCACCAUCUAUUCAGCACUGCCUGCUUCUGAGGUUGGCCCAGAGAGAAGGUAUUGAGUAAGAGCUUAACAACUAUAAAAAGUAAGCUGGAUAAGUAAAAUCAUGAUGGAUCGAGAGCACAGCUUCUUCAGCUCCUGAUAAAGAAAGUCAAAUGCUUGAUAAAUUCAGUCACAGAUGUGAGCAUGGCUAUAUUCUUUUAAACAAGAGGUAGAGUGACCUAGCACUAAGCAAAUGAGCGGAAAUGUCGGAAACACAGUCCAUCAGCUUAUUGGCCACACGAUCCCAAACUAGUUUUAGCUUGGGAAAUGGGCCUGUCCUCAGCGUCACCUUCUUGUGCUGAUGGGGCCAGCGAAGUCUUGAUCUUAUCAGAAAAAGGCCACACCAAGAGUGAGGUUUCCCGGGCUGCCUUUUCAGGCCCUCGUCAAAUGAAACAACAGAAGCUCUUCACAGUUCUGUGACCCAUGGUCACUCCACAGACAAUACCAAGCAUCUUGAAUUGUCAUAAGAAAGGUCAUGCCUGAAAUAGAUCUUGACCAUAUGAGAUUCCCAGAAAUCAGCAAGGCCCGGACAAAUAGAAUUAAGAGGGAGGCAGAGGCAAGAAUGUGCAGGUCGACCUUAUAAAGAGUUUAGCAUCACUGUGAGAGACUGUGUCUAAAAUUAAACUGAUCUAGAAGCAGCAGGUAGGUAUUCGGUAAGUACUUCUGUGACUUGUCUCAAUGCCCACUGGCCAGGGGUCAUCUCAACUGCACAGUGAAUCAAGAUGCUGGUGUCAUCCUCCUUGGAAAGAGGAAAUGUUAAUUCAUGGUUAAAACUAAGUACAAUGAUUCCCAAGGGAUCACUUUCUUAUUUUUUUAAAUGACAUUAAGGAGAAUCUUUAAAAAAGCAUCAGAGGAAGACGUGUGCAUGUGAAGCACCCUGAUUCUGACGUUAUGGGAACUUAAGUGAACAGGACCUGCUGCACACAGCCCCAUUGUCUUCUAUCCAUUUCUCUUUAUCAUUCAAAGCAAGCAACAUGUGCCCUCCUCGUGAACACACAUUCUUCUCCUUUGUCAGUAUGUGUCUCCCAGCUUAGUGUCAGGAUACUUUCGAUUCAUAAUUAUGUAUGAUCCAAUAUGUACAUAAUUUCAUUUAACGUUAUUUAAAGAAAUAGAUCCAAUUCCUCUCUUGCAACCAAAAAUAAAUAAAAUACAUUGCCUCAAUAUAAGGUUUGGGUUAUUCUGUGUUUCUAUAGAGGCAAUCUGUUUUUGGUAAAAUGUACUUUUAAGGAUCCAGUCAUCUAAAGUCUUUUAUGUAGAGUUAGAGAUUUCACAAUAUUGACUAUACACAUAUUUAAAAUAUAAAAUAUCCAACUGAUGUUUGAAUUUGUCUUACUUUCCUGACCACCUCGUUGUUCCAUUUUAUAAGGUGGGGAAUUAACUAGCUUAACAAAAGAUGCUUAGCUUUUGUAAAAGAGCAAGUGUUUCCUUUUACAAAGACACUCCAAAUGAUAGUCACUUGAUUUUCUCGAGACCUUUAACUGUGGUGAUGAAAUAACAGGACUUGCUUUCAAGCUUGAAUAAAUGUAAAAUACCUUUUAAAGAAGAUACAGCUGAGUGUUUUCCUCAUGAAUCUGAAGCAAUUACAAAUUUGUGUUCCAGUCUUGAUUGGUAUUGACUGAUUCAAAUAAAGUUGGUUUAUUUUCACAUAUUACAAAA